AUGAUGAGACUGCACGUUAUUAUACAAUUAAUCAUAUCAUUGGUGAUAGUUGAGAAUUGUAAUAGUAUUUCGAGUCCUCUGUCAACUUUCACCACAUACAAACAUGCAAUUGAACUUCAAGCGAAUAGAGCUGAUCUAUGGUGGACAAUGAAUGACAAUAAUCAAGAGAUUACGUUCGAGCUUCACAUUAAAACAACAGGCUGGAUCGCGUUAGGCAUUAGUCCAGCAGGUGGCAUGAAAGGUGCUGAUAUUGGGGUGGGGUGGGUUGAUCAGACUGGCCGUGUGCACUUUCAAGAUCGUUAUGCCUACGCUAAUUCUCGACCUAUUAUUGAUAAUACAACGACUGAUUGGUAUGCUCUUCGUGGGCGUGAAGCGAAUGGCUGGACAGCCAUUCAAUUCAAACGACUACUAGAUACUUGUGACACCAUGGAUGUUGAAAUCAAAUCUGGAACUAAUAUUCUCAUAUAUGCUUAUGGUCUCGUCGAUCCUGAUGGUGAUAUCAGCUAUCAUGAGAAUCGACGCGGUUCACGGAUGAUUCCACUUCGAUCCUACGCUAAUCCAACAUCAGAAGACAAGUUUGAUAAACUUGAACAUUUCGAGUUUCGUUUACAUAAUUACGUCGUUCCACCAACCGAUACCACUUAUUAUUGCAAAGUAUACAAAGCUGCCAACGGUUUUCCAGGGAAAAGACAUGCGAUCGCACACAAAACGUUGGUCGAUUCUGCUAAUAGGGAUCUUGUUCAUCAUUUAGUUUUGUAUGAAUGUGAUUCGUCAGCUAAAUUUGAUGAUAACAAGUUGCCCGAAGGCGUGUGUGAUGAAUUUUAUGGUCAAGCGCCACUGUGUUCAUCUAAUAUUGCUAUUGCAUGGGCUGUCGGUGGCGAUGAGAUAGUCGAGUUUCCUAAAGAAGCUGGAUAUCCAGUUGGGGACGAAUUUCCCAUUAAAUAUUAUAUGCUUCAAAUGCAUUAUGACAACUCAAACCUAACUGCAAAUCGUACUGACAGUUCAGGUAUUCGCUUUUAUAUUGGCAAGGAACUUCGUCAAUAUGAUAUUGGAUAUUUGACUUUGGGAACCGAACCGGAUGCAGUAGCCCUUGCCAUUCCACCGAAAGUUGAUCGCUUUAUCGUUGAUACGUACUGUCCGGCGGAAGCCACACGGAAUUUUCCUGCAUCAGGCAUUAUGGUUGUAUCUGCUUUUCCACACACACAUUUACAAGGUCUAAGUGUAAGGACAAAAUUGAUUCGAAAUAAAGCAGUUGUGCAAGAUUUGUUCAAUGCCGAAGCGUAUGAUUUCAAUUAUCAGUUUGUGAAUCAAUUACCAACCCCAAUCAAAUUGUAUCCAGGUGAUGAAUUUGCUACUCGAUGUGUGUAUAAUACAAUGAACAAGAAUGAAAUUACUUUGGGUGGUGAACGAACGAAAGAUGAAAUGUGUUCUCAUAUGUUUGCCUAUUAUCCUCGAAUGAACAAUUUCUAUGGUUGCUACAUGUCGAAUUCUGUCGAAGCAUGGAAAACAAUGAUGAAUAGUUCCUCAACAAAUUUUGAUGAAGAUAAAUUCAAAGAUUGGCUUCUCAAUCAGAAAUGGACGCCGGAAAGAGUUAUUCAGUGGCAAAACUUUUACAAUAAUGCGUCGCGUAAACUCAUGUAUGGUGAAGCAGCUAAUUUACAAUUUGAAAAUUUUGCCGGCUUACCCACAUAUAAAGAUCUGACACCAGAAAAAUGUAGAAAGAAUUCAGCGAUUCGGGAACACGCAUUCGUUCUUCUCAUUUUGAUGCCGAUCGUGAUGAAAACAAUAGGCUCUAAAUAA